AUGGCUGACGACGAAGAAGAAGUGGGCGAAGAAGAAAAUACAAAUAAUUUAGGCUCUUAUGAAGGUGAUCGUAAUGAAAAAAAUGAACGUCAUGGUUUUGGAAAAGCUACAUUGCCUAAUGGAGAUACAUAUGAAGGUCAAUAUCAAAAUGGAAAACGACAUGGUACUGGAACAUAUCGAUUUUCAAAUACUGCACGUUACAUAGGUGAUUAUGUGAAAAAUAAACGCCAUGGUAAAGGUAUAUUUUACUAUCCAGAUGGCUCAAAAUAUGAUGGCGAUUGGAAUGAAAAUGUUCGCGAAGGUUAUGGUACAUAUACAUAUCCUAAUAAUGAUACUUAUGAAGGUGAAUGGAAGAAUCAUCAAAGACAUGGCAAAGGAACAUAUACUUAUGCAGCUACAAAAGCUCAGUAUAUUGGUACAUGGAAUAAUGGUAAACGACAAGGUCCUGGUGAACUACAAUUUAAUUAUUAUAGAUAUGUUGGCAAGUUUCGCGAGAAUUAUCCGAAAGGUAAAGGAAAAUUUGUAUUCAAAAAUGGAUAUCAACAAAAUGGAGAAUAUCAUAUCACAUCAACAGCCACUGAAGAUGAGUCAGAAGCACCACCCGAAGUGCAAUACAAAUGGAUUGCACAUGAUGUUGUUGCAACGGAACAAGAACAACCGUACGAUUUAGAUGAUGAACAAGCAGAAACAUAUAGAUCACAAGAACAAGAUACUCUGCAAAACACAAAUGUUGUAUCUGAUGGUGAACAUCUAGAUAAUGAAUUAAAUGCAGAGACAGGCGAUGCGGCAGAUGGUAAUGAAGAUAAUGAUGAAAAUCCACAAUUUAAUGAUGAUAUACCAGGCGAAGAACAAUUUGAUGAUGAAGGAUGA